AUGAUUGCUGAAGCUUCUGCAAGUGUUAACGCGACGCGGAUAUACAUCAAGGCAUCUGUGAACGAGUGCAUACAAAACAACGAAGAUAUACUGCAUCGGAUAGAAAUGGUGAUAGAUCUAUCUGAUGCCUAUCUUCAGACAGAACUGUCUGAAGAAUCUAAGAAGAUGGGCGUGAUUAACGCACAUAAAAUAUUGUUGCUGUACAUUCGCCUGCCUUGUGGAAUCAAGACAGCGUCUGGAGUUUUCAACAAACUAUGA